UCUCAAUUCCAUGAUCAUUGAAACGUGUUAUUAUGUCAGAUCCACUCAGCUGCAAAGCAAUGUUCGGAAAAAUGUUAAAACUUGCGAGAUUGCCGGAUAGGACGCUGACGUUUUGUGACGCAUUUUUCCUGCGACGAGCUUUAGCUAGCGAUGCGAAUUUCAGCUCUUUUAAAUGAUUCAUGAUCAUUCGGCUCAGCUUACCAAUAAGAGUCGACUCUUUCUGCUCCGAAGACGGCUCAUUGCUAUUUUUAUUUUCUAAAUCAGACAGUUUGACUAGUGAUUGUUCUUCAUUGACUAACUUUAUCUGGGCUUGUUUUCACGGAUCUUAUUUUACCCCCUAAUUAAUAAAAUAGCAUUACAUGACCGUUAAAAAAGGCAAUCAUGUUAUUGUGCCUGCCGUGUCUAUGCUUCAUUAAAAUGAUCCAGUGAUUAAUUUCUAUUGAUAAUGAUAACUAAUCGCCUCCCUAACUACACAGAGUAUACUGUAUGUUCAACACGACUUCUCAGUCAUACUGCCUCAUACACACACACACACCUUACCAUGGAAGCAUUUUUGACUAAAUUACAAUAUGAUAGAAAUAACAUUGUCUACAUCUACAAAACAAAAACAAAAAAGUGAGAGAUAAGGAAGAGUUAAAACAGAAACCAUCGAAAGGCUCAUAUAUGCGAAUCGGCUCAAAGAGUCGACUCGUCGGUGAACGACACAUCAUUAUUUGGGUCGGGUGUUUAAAACGUAGGUCAGAAAUAUAUAGCGAUCCGGUGGUGACAGUUACUGUGAAAGGCUGGAGCAUGGCUGGAAAUUGGAAGGAUUCCGAAACGAAGGAGCUGCUGUCUAUCCGGUCAGAGGAAGAAAUCAUUCGCCAGCUGAACGGCACUGUUCGGGAUGCAGUGGUGUACGAGAAAAUCACUCAGAAACUCAAAGAGCGCGGGGUUUUAAGAGAAAAGACGCAGGUCAUAAAUAAACUGAAAACUCUACGCAAGAAGUUUCACCAAAUUAAACAACGUAACGCCCAACUGGGUAAUUCAGACUGGCCGUAUUUCGAUAUGUGCCACUACAUAUGGGGAGGUGGACGUUCUGCAAACCCCGUGGUUUUGCUCAGUCCUUUAGAGCCUUAUCCCUCAGAGAAUGAUGCUGAAACCACUCUGAGUGAUACAGACAUCCUGAAGACUGAGGUGUGCACAGAAUUUGUGCCCUUAAGUCCAGCAGAAUUUCCUCCAUCUCCUCAGUCACCACCAAAUAAAAGUGCCAAGAAAGUAUCACGGGGGGAACAAAUGGUGAAGGACAUGAAAGAGUUUUUCACUGAAAUGGACCGAGACUUUGAAGAAAGGGAGCGCCUUCGUGUCCUGGAGCAGAGGCAAUAUGAAGAGUGCUUAAGGAAGGAGGCAAAAGAAGAGGAAAGAGAAGAGCGGGCCAGGCAAAUGGCCAUGUUUAAAGAAUUACUGGAAUCUCAAAAUAAUCUGCUAAGAGAACUCUUGGUGCGAAUCCCAUCACCAACAUUACAGCGGCUUACUCCAUCUAAAAACAAUGCUGAAACUGAAACCACUUCAAGUGUUGCAAACAUCCCAGACACCAAGGAGUGCACAAAAUUUGUACACAAUAGUCAUGCAGAAUCUCCUCAAUCACCACCAAACAAAAGGGCGAAGAAAGUAUCACAGGAGGAACAAAUAGCAAAGGUCAUGAAAGAGUGUUUUGCAGAAAUUGCCAGAACCUUGGAAGAGAGGGAACGGCUUCGUCUCCUGGAGCACAGGCAACAUGAAGAGAGCUUAAGAAAGGAGGCAAAGCAGGAAGCACGAGAAGAACGGGCCAGGCAAAUGGAAAUGUUUAAAGAGAUGCAGGAGUCUCAGAAUGACCUACUAAAGGAACUCCUGAGGCGUAUGCCUUCACCAACAUUACAGCAGUUAAAAAUCUCUAAGUACUGGCACUCAGUCAAUCAGUCCAGGUUCAUUACAGACACGGCUUCAAAUAGUAAUGUACAAAACACCUCAGAACAGGACAUGAUUUUUAACCCACCUUCAUCCACAUCCUUCAUGGAGUAAUGACCAGGAACUUGGGGCGUUUCUAAAUUUUUGUACAUUGUAUUUAUUUAUUAGUGGUUUUUAUUAGCGUCACUGCUCUUUAUGAAGAGUCUGAACCCAACUCAAUUAGUUUUAUGGUGCAAUUUGUUACCACACUUAAUGUAAGUAGUUUUUACAUGUUUUCUACUGCACUUUCUUUAAGUAUUUAUGCACAACUUAUAUUCACUUGCACAUUUACCUAAAAAUGUAAUCUAAGAGCACUGUACGUAAAUAUUUAAAAAAUAAACAAUUGACACCAUUUG